UUCCGGGUACAGUCUAAUCAGAGAGUCGGGGUGCACAGCUGGACUGAUCUUAUCUGUAGAGGUUCAGGACGUCUCCAGGUAAACAACACUCGAUCAUCUCAACUCAACACAGACUGUGAAGAGGCAACAUGGCGACCACCAUCAGCACCCAGCGGGGACAGGUGUAUAUUGGGGAACUUCCCCAGGACUUCCUGCGGAUCACUCCCACCCAGCAGCAGCAGCAGGUUCAGCUGGAUGCUCAGGCAGCCAGGCAGCUGCAGUAUGGAGGCGCACUAGGGACUGUUGGCCGACUCAGCAUCACAGUGGUCCAGGCCAAGCUGGCCAAAAACUAUGGCAUGACCCGCAUGGAUCCAUACUGUAGGAUCCGACUGGGCUAUGCAGUCUACGAGACCCCAACCGCUCACAAUGGAGCCAAGAACCCACGCUGGAACAAGGUGAUCCAGUGUACCAUUCCUCCUGGCGUGGACUCCUUCUACCUGGAGAUCUUUGAUGAGAGAGCAUUCUCCAUGGAUGACAGGAUAGCAUGGACACAUGUCACUAUCCCUGAAGGCUUGAGGGAGGGCAGUGUGGUGGAUGAGUGGUUUAGCCUCAGUGGCAGACAGGGCGACGACAAGGAGGGCAUGAUCAACCUGGUGAUGUCCUUUGCUUCCUUACCAGCAGGGAUGAUGCCUCAGCCUGUGGUCCUGAUGCCUUCUGUGUAUCAGCAAGGAGUAGGAUAUGUGCCCAUUGCAGGAGUGCCUGCAGUCUAUAACCAGGGCUUGGUGCCCAUGGCAGUGCCAGCAACCAUGCCAGCUGUUAGUGGCCAGGGACCAGUGUGCAGCGAGGAAGACCUGAAGGCUCUACAGGACAUGUUCCCCAACCUGGACAAGGAGGUGGUCCGCACUGUGCUGGAUGCACAGCAGGGAGACAAGGACGCUGCUAUCAACUCUCUGCUGCAGAUGGCUGAGGAGCUCUAACUGCAGAAUACUAGCUCACAGCGGACAUCCCAACAUACACACAUUUCUGCAUGCACACAGACAUAUAAAAACAGUCUUAAAUGAUGGAGCGAAUGUCCAAACUCAGCAUAAAUACAUACACACACACACACACACAUAUAUACAUAUAGAGUCCUCCCAUAGUGUGACUAAUAGCUCACACUCUGCAGCCAUAUCAAAGUUCCCACCAGCUCCACCAACUGGUAGCCACAAAGAUCUAUUUCCUGUCCCUUUGUUGUUAAAUGAAGCCUUGGCUGCCCCUGGUAACACACAGCUGUCUGUCACCACUGACACUGCAUCCUCCAAGCAUUGCAACACAUGUGUUGACCUUUGUUUUAUGAAGUUGAAGCUUUAAGGUGGUAUCACUGGCAGAUGUAUUUUUUAAGUCACAGUAGAGACUAUUUGAAAUAGGUAUUUGGUUGUAGUGUGCCUUGAUGGGGAUUGUAAGUCUUACUAGCCCAAAUCAUUUUGUUCAUCUUGAUUGUUUCAGUGUCACAAUCUUUUAACCUAGUCUGUAUUCUUCCCUUUAUUUGUGUUUCAUUUUCACUGUUUGAGCUAUAGAGUUAUGAUCAAUGUACACAGCAGACCAGACAACAGGCUUCAGCACACACACUCUCCAUCCUCUCAUUAUGUUGAUGUUGUUGAUAGUGUGUGGAGAGCCUGUUUGUAGUAACCUCCAGUGAUCUGCUUCUGUUUCUAAUGUCACUAGAACAUGUUUAGUGCAUUCAAAAUCAGUCAGGUCAUCAUGAAGUAUUAGAUUAUGUAGAAUUAUAUAUGGUGAUAGAGGCAGGGAAUGGAGACGACCUGAGGGAUUGUAUGUAAAUGGCCACACAACCAGGAGAGUUUUAGAAGUGACAAACUUACAAAGUUUUGAUGUAACCAAUUUUCAAUUGUAGAAGACUGAGAAGAGUUGAUAUUAUGAAGUAAUAUCCUGUAGAGUCACAUUUUUAAGUAACUGGACCUUUGAUAAAGACACGUGAUGGGAAUGAAGGUGUUACUUUCCUGAUAAAAUCAGGAUGUUAUGAAGCUCAGCAGUAUGUUGUCUGCUGAGCUUAUGAGACCAAACACUUCAUCUAAAUGUUCUACACAGUACAUAGGUAAACUAGAAAAGUAACUUAGCUCCAUUUGUAAGGAGCUAAAUCUCCACAUUACCUUCAGUAAUACUUCUUACCCCUUCAGCCGUGGGGCCUAUGAUGACAGUGACCAAACUUUUAAAACCACAUUAAGAUUGCAGCUGAAUUAAUAAAGAUCAUAUCAGGUCAUUUCAAAAAUUACAAUUUCCACAACUCUUCACUAAUGAGACUUUUGAAAAAUGAAGUUUGUAGGGCUGACUAACUUGAAGCAUCUCAGCCAUUUGACAGAAAAAAAACAGUUCUUCAAAGCCUGAUUUGUUUAAUUGUACACUAAAUAAUCACUAAAUGUAAUAAAUAAAUAAAGCUGAUUUCAUGUCCAUCACUGGAUUGACCAGUAUAAUAGUGCUAUAUCAACAUCCAGAUGGUAUUUGAUGCCAGAUACAAUCUACAUGACACAUCAGUCAAUCUCAAUCAAUCUUUAUUUGUAUAGCGCAAGGCACUUUACACAUAGAGCAGGUUCUAAACUGAACUCUUCAGGUUUUAACUUUAAAGAGACCCAACA